CAACAAAUAAGAAGAGUUAAGACAGAAACACUAGCAAAUUCCCAUCCAUUGUAAAAGUAGAAGAAAGGUGUGUUUGACAUAAAAGGCAGAGAAAAUAAAGAAGAUAAGAGAGAAAAGAAGGUGUCUCUCGAAGUUUUGAGAGUUUGGGUGGGUCAGAUUGUGAAGGAGGGUGAUUUGAGUAGCCAUUGUUGGUUUCUUUCAAGUGAUGUUGAUACCUUAAAAACCUUGUUCAGCUGAUUGGAUUGUGAAUGGUAGAGACCAAUAAGCAGAAGCCCCAGAAAGAGCUUCACUCGCUGUUCAAGGGCUAAAGAGUUCUGCUUUAAUUGGUUCUCUCUGAGAAGCUAUUUGGUUUGUUUGUGGAUUUCCAUAAUCUAUCUCAUCUAGCAAAGAUAAACUAGACUUUUCGUGAAAGUGGACUGACGUAGUGGGCCGUGUUGUGUAGAGAAGCACUAUUUUAUAGUUGUGUAGAGAAGCACAGCUUCAGGUUCAACAUGUCUGCUACCUUGCUAUGGGUUGUUUCCCCCAGUUCUGAGGUCCCCAAUAGCUUUGGGUUCUUGGAAUCUGUUCGAGAAGGAAACCAAUUAUUAAAUUCACAGAGGUUCAGUGCUCGGGAUCGGAAGUUGAUAGGUAGUAGCAGACUCAAGAAGAGUAGGAUACCUAGGUGGAAUACCAGCUCUCUUAAUGCAGAUCUUAGGUAUUCUUGCUCGACUGAGUCGGGGUUAGAAAAUGGUGGCAAAUUCUCUGUAGUGUCAAGUGUGGUAGCAAACCCAGCUGCAGAAAUAAGAGUCUCAUCAGAGCAGAAGGUUUACGAUGUGGUGUUGAAGCAGGCCGCCUUGGUUAACAGGCAGUUGAGAUCUAAAGUCAAUUUGGAAGUGAAACCUGAUAUUGUUCUUCCGGGGACUCUGAGCUUAUUGAGUGAAGCUUAUGAUCGUUGUGGCGAAGUCUGUGCAGAGUAUGCCAAGACAUUUUACUUGGGAACACUGCUAAUGACUGCUGAGAGGAGAAGAGCUAUCUGGGCAAUAUAUGUGUGGUGUAGGAGAACAGAUGAGCUUGUUGAUGGCCCUAACGCAUCACAUAUAACUCCAACCGCUUUGGAUAGGUGGGAGGCAAGGCUGGAAGAUGUUUUUGGAGGACGCCCUUUUGAUAUGCUAGAUGCUGCUUUAUCAGACACAGUUGCCAAGUUUCCUGUUGAUAUUCAGCCAUUCAGAGAUAUGAUUGAAGGAAUGAGGAUGGACCUUAGGAAGUCCAGAUAUAUUAACUUUGAUGAGCUAUAUCUCUAUUGUUAUUAUGUGGCAGGCACGGUUGGAUUGAUGAGUGUUCCAGUGAUGGGCAUUGCACCUGAAUCACAUGCUACAACAGAGAGUGUUUAUAAUGCUGCUUUGGCAUUAGGGAUUGCAAAUCAAUUGACAAACAUACUCAGGGAUGUUGGAGAAGAUGCUAGGAGAGGAAGGAUCUACCUACCACAAGAUGAACUUGCUCAGGCAGAUCUUUCAGAUGAAGACAUAUUUGCAGGAAAAGUAACAGAUAAAUGGAGGAACUUCAUGAAGAAGCAAAUCAAGAGGGCAAGGACGUUCUUUGAUGAGGCCGAGAAAGGAGUCACAGAGCUCAGCUCAGCUAGCAGAUGGCCAGUGUGGGCAGCAUUGCUGUUGUAUAGACAAAUCUUGGAUGAGAUUGAAGCCAAUGACUACAACAACUUCACCAUGAGGGCUUAUGUAAGCAAACCAAAAAAGAUACUUGCUUUACCAGUUGCAUAUACAAAGUCUCUGGUUUCCCCAUCGAGGUCAUCUCUGGUAAAGGCAUGAAUAGAUCCAUAAUGUAGUUAAAAAAUAUAGGCAAAUGUUGAAUAUUAGAAAUUGUUGUAUUGCAGUGAGAUUUCAUCCGAAAUAAAUAGAAAUAUGCCUAUUUACUUGAGCUUGUGAUUUUAGUUUAACUGCCCAAGUCGUCAUCGUCGCCUGGCGAUUGAGUAUAUUUUUUUUUUCUUAAGAGGUGGUUGGAUGAAUCCAAGUUUUAACUAUU